AUGAAGCGUUCUGCGCCGGGAGACCAUUUCACGCCGACAAUGCGCAAGCGCUCCAAAUAUGACGAUCUACAAACCGACCAGACGGUUGACAAUGACGAACUGGACGAAGACGUCACCCAGCUACGCUCCCCCAGUCCACAGUCGAUCAUGGGUCGGCACGUGCGCGAGAUCCUCGAGAUGCUGAGUCGCGUCGAGUCUCAGGUUGAAUACCUACAGGAGGAACGUGAAGAAAUACUUAGGGCGCACGAGAAAGACGUGGAACGGUACGAGGAUCGUAUUGAUGUGCUUGACGAGGAGGUUCGGUAUCAACAAGCAGUCAUCGAUGUCAUGAGCAACGACGUCGAUCGGCUCGAGGAAGAGACGGCGGGACAGAAAAAAGAGAUCGAAGAGUUCAUUGAACAAGCACGUCGUGAUACUGUUGCGCGGAACAAUCGCCUUGCUGCAUUGAAAGACCAGAUUAUUGGACUUGUUGAAAACGCUAAGUUGUAG